GCAUCGGGUCGACCUGGACGAGGCAGCGAAGUACAUUUCGGCGCCGCUGAUUAAGUGCUUGGUUGGUCGUAGGUGGGAGGUCGCUGCCCUCUCGCGGUGGACAGGUGUUAUGCGGUGUCUGAAGCGGGUUGUGUUGGGGGCAAUGUUUAACAACGUGCUGCCAUCAACUCUAUCAGCGCUGUCUUCCAACAUGGGCAUCACUGACGCGAAGCUGGAGAAAGAAAAGAAUGAUAGCAUGGCCAGGAUUGCCAGAGGCGAAGAUGCGAACACCUUCGCCCUCACCAGCAUGACCAGGGUUAUGAAAGUUUCCAAGUAUUUCAGGGACGCAACGAGCAGAUGGCAGAUUGGCGCACUACUGAUUGGAUGCGCUCAGAUCGAGAAGCUCCAUUGGCAAGUGCUUGGCAGCACCGCAGAGAACAGGCGCAAGGCGAACCUGACCGACCUGGUCGACCCGCAGGUGAGCAUCACCGGUCAGUCCCAAGCCCAGCUGCUACGAUUGCUGCAGGAGUGGAACUUGUCAGACGCGAGUCCAUGGCGGCUGCUCGCGUUCCUUGGUUUGCAGGAUCUUCGUGCCGCAGAUGUCCGAGCUUACUCGAGGAGCCUGGUGCUAUCGGUCAGUUGCAGUCUGUUCCAGCGUCUAGAGGCCCUCGUGGGAGCGACCACCGCGUUGACGCCGAAUGUUCGGCAUGCUACCUGGCCCUACAAGCUGCAGUGGCUCAUAUCUCCGAACGUUUCUGAUGGAGACAGGGCGGGCGCUAUCCAGGAGUUCCUCGAUGCGAAUGACUGCUGCAUCGGGCCUUUUGGGCGCACGUUCAGGCGUCGCUUCCCCUCGCGCAGCGCGCUGCUCAGCCGCGAGGCUGCGGCGGCGAUAUUGUUCUGGCAGAGGGGGCUGUUGUUCACGACGGCCCCCGCCGAGUGCGAGCACAAGGCGAUGAAGGGGGAGAUGGCGACCAGCACCACGGGGUUGGCGCAUGGCCCAGUUGUUUGGCGGGCAGUGUGUCGGCACUUGGGGAAGGCCCACGAGAUCAGGGGCGGGACGUCGUGCUCGUUGCCGCUCCGACGCUCUGUUCCAGAGGCGCAGGCCGUGCUCGGCCAAGAGAGGGGCAUGCCCAUCUGCGACUGCGCGGGUCCGCGCGCCGAUCCCCUUCAGCUGGAUGACCGCCCUGCAGAUGCGGCGGGGGACGGCGAUUCGGCCGACGAUGGCGACCAGCGCGACGGCGUCGACUUGGAGGAGCUAGUCAAGGGCGGCAACCCGAAGAUGGCCUACUCGAACCGCCAAGUCCGCUUGAGGAGGGGGUUCCUCAAUCGACCAAUGACGAGAGACGAGGUCACGGCUGAGCAUUUAAGAAACGGCAAGGAGUACGACGAUGACCCGUCCAUAGGUGCGCGGUGGACUGCGCUCUUCGCCGCGCGGCAGCGGCAACGCAAGCGACUGUCCCAGGCGCCAUCGGGGCUCCCAUCAUCGGCGACGCCAGAGGAGAUGCCCAGGCAGCCAGUGUGGCCAGAAAGCUUACAUGAUGGCGACGCCGUCGAGGACGCCCCUAUCGCCUCCACAGUGCUCGCGAAUUACCAUAGCUCACUCAGCGUGGAUGGCAUCGAGAAGCUAGCAACCGACGCGAAGCCGUUCACUGUGCAGGAGGAUGGCUUACAAGAGCACGUCGCAUCACAGGAGACGCUGUGGGGCUGCGGCGGCGAGUGGCACAACGUUUGCACCAAGCUGCUGGCGCAGCGCCGCUUGUUGCGCAAGUUCGACGUCGCCAAGGCUUCUGUAGAAGCGCUGGUCGAUUCCAUAGACAAGGGUACCAUCAAGACCAAGGAUUGCUUGUUCCACUUCUCCUCGAAGCGGGUGGUCGGCGACGGCAGGAUUCUGCACGCGUGGGCCACCAUCAAAUGUCCGAUGUACAGCCCGAAGGUUCAGUGCUUCGUCAGGUGCCGCCCAGUUUCGGUGGUGGAUGCUGAUGUCGUGGAGGGUGGAUUUGCGACUCGGGCCCCUGCAGCGUACCCGUACAAGCUGAAGAUCCUGCAGUCCAAGAGCCGCCUCUGUUCGCAGUCGGUGGUGAACCCCUUCGUCGUCGUGGACAAGGAGACGUCAUAUGAAUUCGUGAGGAGGCUGCUCUGUCGGACGUCGUGGCGACUUGCGCGAGUAAACUACGACGAGGCAGUGGGCGACGACCUGCUGCACGUCGUGGUCACGGGCCAGGGGGCAGCGACCGACCUGGCUCCGAAAGAGGGCAAGCGCGUCGCGUCGGCAGACGCGGUCGUGGACCUCAAGCUUGCCCCGACUGGCUCGGCGAUUCUGAGCGGCAUCAUGUCCGCGGGAGGAGCAGGGGCGGGCGCAGCGGCGGCAGCCAGCCCGCCCGCCAUCCUCGAUGGAGGGGGGCACGCUGACGGCGGCUUGGGGGACGGUCUCGACCAGCUGAUGGCCGACUACCUGGAUGAGCACUUGCACGGGGAUGUCGCGGGGGCCAUGGAGUUUAUCGAUGAUAACCUUGCUGACCCAGAAUGCCCAGGGCGCCGCGACGCAUUGGUCGUCGCAGCCGCCGACGCUGCUGCUGUACUCGGGGGCGCGCCCUUGCCUGUGGCGCCGCUGGCCGCCGAGCCAGGUGGCGCGGGCGCUGCGCCUUGCCACAUGGACGUGCUGGGGGUGGUGACGGGGCUGGCGCCGCCUCACAGUGGAGUCCCAACUUGUGGCUUCGUCGGUUACAGAGGCGACCGCACCAACAUCUUUGCUAACUGCCACUUGCACCCGAAGUGCAGCGUCAGCGCUGGCAUCAUGAGGCACCACGUGCCGAUGGAGUACAUGGCGGAGUGGCUGAUGCUCGGCGAGGUGGUGGACAGGGAUCUCCCCAUGGAGGAGCGGAUGGCCGCGGGCGCCCGCCACCGAGCGCUUUGGGUCAGGCCGUACUGA